GUGAGAAGAAAGUGAAAACCUCUCAGACAUUUUUCCUCGUCUAACAUCAGCUCCGCCUCCCUCUCCUCCCAAGUCUCUCUCGCCUUCUCUUUCCUCUUCUCUCGCCCGCACGGCGCCGUCGCACUCUCGAGCCGCCGCGACCGCCGUCAUCGGACCUCUCUCGAUCUCUGACCUCCGCCCGCGCCCGCGCAACUCAGCCGCCACGCCUCGCUGGCCGAUUGGCCGGCGAAACCUGGGUGAGUCUCGUCCCCCCACUUUGUGUGCGCGCUUGUCAGAUCGCCGGGAGCGGUGCCCCGCCCGCAGCGAUUAGAACCGCCAGUGUGCACGAGGCACAUGGCGGGGGCGGGGCAGAUUUUCUGCGGGAGCUUUCCCAAUAUUCUGCAGCUGAAACUUCUGAAAGAUCACAGAGAACCUUGCAGGGAUUAGGCGUCUGGGUAUUGCAUCUGAGAAAUGGAUCCUAAUCGCUACGGGCAUCAGCAAGGAUGGGAAAAUAACAGCGCUUUGGAGGGUUAUAGUUCUGCACAUGAGCCUAAUUUUAGGGUUGGUUCGUAUGAUGAGAGAAGGUUUUUAGAUGACAGAUAUGCGUACCCUUUGGAGAGGGACGCAUAUCCACCUCCACCGUCUACUGGUGGGUUUUGGGCCCAAUCAAGAAGGAGGAAUUAUGAAGAUGAAUAUCCACUUGAAAGAGAGUCUAGGAGACAUGAGAAGCCAUAUAUUGAUGCAUACAAUGAGAUGGAUACAUUUCAUGAUCGCGAUUCAUCAUUUCAAGAUUACGACAAAUUGCGAGAUGGCUAUCAUGGAAUUGACAAUUUUCGUGAUCGUGAUCUCGAUCGGCCUGCUAGGUUUGGAGGACGGGAUCGUGAUGACUAUCCAUAUGAUGACUAUGGCCAUAGGUCACGUACUUCACAGCAUAGAGAGGAUAGCCGUGAAAAGGAUUCUAGCCAUGGUCGACAUAGUUAUGACUCUGAUUAUGACCGAAGCAAUAGGAGAGAUGUGAACUUUAGGAGGCGUGAUUACCGUGACCGUGAACAUGACAAAAGAAGUUCUAAUCGAGAAAGGGAUUACAGCCCAUAUGGAAGAUAUGAACCAUCUCGGUCUCGUUCACGAUCCCGAUCACCAUCUCGAUCUAGGUCCCAUGGACGUGAUGAUCAUCUAAAGUCUAGGUCUCCCAGAAGUAGAAGCCGUGGUCGCAGUCAUCGCGAGGACAGCUAUGAUGAUGAUCGAUAUGAUAGGGCUGAGAGACGGAGGGACCGUGAGGACAAGCGCCAACGUGAACAUUACGGUGUGGCCCCAUCUGCUACUGUUGUGGUGAAAGGUCUCUCGCAGAAGACAACCGAGGAGGAUCUAUAUCAGAUUCUUGCUGAGUGGGGACCUCUCCGUCAUGUACGUGUGAUUAAAGAACGAAAUUCUGGCCUGUCUCGUGGGUUUGCUUUUAUUGAUUUCCCUUCCGUGGGGGCAGCAGAAGCAAUGAUGGAGAAAGUUGGGGAUGAUGGCCUUGUUGUUGAUGGCAGGAAACUUUUUUUUGAGUACAGUAGUAAGCCAACUGGAGUUUCAGGAGGCUUUGGUCAAGAGAGUACUGUCAAAUCAGGCCAUGGUAGCUAUAGGAGUAUGAUGGUGCCUUCUGAUUGGAUGUGCACGAUCUGUGGUUGCGUUAAUUUUGCAAGGCGAACAUCUUGCUUCCAGUGUAAUGAGCCACGAACAGAUGAUGCUCCGUCAGCAGAUAUGAUAUCGAGUCAAUCAACAUUAGCGAAGAAGGGACUGGAGGCAGGGCCAACACAUGUUUUGGUGGUGCGCGGGUUGGAUGAAAAUGCCGAUGAAGAAAUGAUUCGAUAUGAAUUCUCCAAACACGCUCCAAUUAAAGAUCUUCGUCUUGUGAGAGACAAAUUUACUCACGUAUCAAGGGGAUUUGCGUUUGUACACUUUUACUCGGUUGAUGAUGCAACUAAAGCUCUUGAAGCUACAAAUGGGACAACACUUGAGAAGAAUGGGCAGAUACUUCGAGUAGCAUAUGCAAAAAGUGUUCUUGGUCCAGGAUCAGGGCCGUCAGCAUCGUCUCAGUCGAGCAGCCUAGCUGCGGCAGCAAUUGAGGCAGCGACAUUUGCUCAGCAAUAUGAUGCUGUUGGAUGGGCGCCAAAGGAAUAUAACCCGGAAGACAAACAAUCCUCUGGUGGACAGGAACAUGGGAGUGGAGACAUCUCUGCUAAAAAAGAUGGUUCAGCUCCACAAUCUGGCUUCGUGUGGGAUGAAGCGUCUGGUUACUAUUACGAUGCUGGCUCCGGGUUCUACUAUGAUGGAACUUCAGGUCUUUAUUACGAUGGUAAUAAUGGCGUCUGGUAUACAUUUGAUCACCAAACUCAGCAAUAUAUUCCUUGCACCGACCAAAAUGCCAGCUCCACAUCUAAUAAGAUAUCUGAGCUGACUAAAGGAUCAGAUAGUUCCAGUACUAGGAAGGUUGUGAUCUCUGCGCCAGCUGCAACGAUAAGCUCAGCUGAGAAAGCUGCUUCCCUACCGGAUGCAGUCCAGGCUGCUGCAGCAGCUGCAAUAGCUGCAGAGAAGAAAGAGAAGGAGAAGCUGAAGGAGAUCAAACUUGCUUCCAAAAGUAGUAUCAUGGCCAGCAAAAAGAAGAUGAGCAAUGUGUUGACAAUGUGGAAACAGAGGAGUCAUGAAGGACAAGCUACUCGUGUGGCCCUGAAUGACAACCCGCUGUCUGCUUCUGCUGACGACAAAUCAUUUGGUGUUGGACAAUCUGUCAAGGGGAAGGUUAAACCCGACUUGAAUACCAUAAGGAAUGGUACCACAUCAAAUGCAGGAGUUAGCACUGCUAUACCUGCGGUCCAGAAUGUUACUUCGGAGGCUCAGGGAAAACCGUGGCCUGUUAGCAAUAGCUCAGGCGGGGCUUUGAUGGGUGUUAUUAGGGGCUCCGGAAGAGGUUUAUUGAAAUCAGAUGUUUUUUCAGGGUCAUGUGGUGGAGUUUCAAUGUCUUCAACUUUUGCUUCUGCUGCAGGUUCAUCUUCUUUGGCAAAUACUGAUGCAUCAACCGGCAUCACUCCAUUCAAAACAGAUGUAUCUGCUUUGGGUUCUUAUACACCACCUUCGGCUGCUGGAAGUGGCAAGAGGAGAUUCUCUGAAAUGCCUUUGAGUUCUGCUUCUAUUAACAAGGAACAACCUCAAUCGAGCUAUAGGGAUCGAGCUGCUGAGAGGAGGAGCUUAUAUGGUUCUUCUGUUGGAGAUGAUAUGUUGGACCAUGACACCAUGGAUUUGAAUCGAGAUCUGGCCUUCAAAAAGAGUUCUUUGGAUUCAAUGCCAUUUCCCCCUGGAGUAGGGGGCUCACGUGGGGCUGGAGAUGCGAGUGUCGCUGCUCAGAGCUAUGAGGUGAUUACAGCAGAAAAAGCAAUUGAUGAGAACAAUGUAGGGAACCGGAUGCUCCGCAGCAUGGGCUGGCAUGAAGGCUUGGGACUGGGGAAGGAUGGCAGUGGCAUGAUAGAGCCUGUCCAAGCACAAGCGAUGGAUAGGAGAGCAGGUCUUGGUAGUCAGCAAAAGAAGCUUGAUCCUAGCCUAGAGGUGCAAGCUGGGGAUAGCUACAAGACUCUUAUUCAAAAGAAGGCCCUUGCUAGGUUCCGAGAAAUGUCUUAGACUGAAAUUUGCUGAUAAACAAUAGCUGAUCUUAGUUGUUGUCAAUGUAUUUAUUGGAAGCAAGCACAUUGGUGUUGGGUCUCGGACGGUUGGUGUAUGGAAGGAAAGGUAAGGAGAGCAUUACAUUUGCUUGUCAUUCCCCUUUGAGAGUUAAAUUCCCGAAAUAUGUUCUUUUUUGAGAAUCACUGGUCGAAAUGUAGCUUACAAUUAUUUUAUGUAUUUGUU